CUUUAAUUUUAGAAUCUUAAAACGAUCAAUGCCGAUCUCGAGACCUCACUGCAGUUCGGUGGUCGAGAAAGGAAGAUGGAGUACACAAUGGUGGGCGCCUUUGGUCACCCGAGCUUGAUUCCAGGACAAAUCUCUCUGAGAAGAAAGAAGAAGUCUUCACGUCUUCCCACCGGUGCCACCGCCCCUUACAACUUGAGCUCUGCCUCUCGCAGAAUCAAGGCUGUGGACACAAACUCCCAGGACUUGAAUGUCCACUUGGAGGCACGAGCUGAAAGUGUGGUGGAUACUAUCAAUCCUGUGUUGAAAGACUUGGUGUGGCCUUCCCCUAGUGAUGAAACUCCAUUUUGGAAGAAAGAAUUCCCUACUUGGGAUGUCAGCAUUGAGCUUCCAGCUGAUGUGGAGAAGGAUUCUGAUCUCAUGCACAUCAUUCAUGUUACUGCUGAGAUGGCUCCUAUAGCCAAAGUUGGAGGUCUCGGUGAUGUUGUGACUGGACUUGCUCGCGCAUGCCUGGCACGUGGUCACACAGUUGAUGUCAUGCUUCCUUUCUAUGAAUGCAUCGAGAAGCAACACAUUAUCGAUCUCACAUUAAUAACUACAUAUAAUUCGUUUCAUGAUGGAAAUUGGAUACUGACUAAUGCAUAUCGUGGGGAAGUUUCUGGCAUUCCCGUCAUAUUUGUUGAACCGUCUAAUCAAUUCUUUAAAGGGAAAUAUGUCUAUGGGGGUUCAUACGAUGAGCUGGAAGCAUAUAUAUUCUUCAGCCGUGCUUGCCUUGAGUGGAUGCAGGUGACUGGAGUGCAGCCUGAUAUCAUUCACGUCCACGAGUGGCAAACAAGUGCUUUGCCACUUCUUUACUGGGAUAUGUACCAUCAUCUCUCACUUAAGAGACCAAGAAUAACUUUGACAAUCCACAAUAUGGAGCAUUAUGGUGAAUGCAGACAAGAGCAGCUCAGUAAAUGUGGUCUUGAUGGUGCAAUUUAUGCAACAACUGAUAGGGCAGUAGAUGAUCGAACAAUUGGUCAUAAUCCUGAGAGAUUGAGUUUGCUGAAAGGAGGAAUUGUUUACAGUAAUGCAGUUGUGACAGUCUCCCCAACAUAUCUCAAGGAAACACUUUGUUCAGGAUGGCUUUCUAGCACAUUGAUAAGAAACCGAGAUAAGUACUUUGGCGUACUGAACGGGAUAGACCCUGCAAUCUGGAAUCCUGCCACUGAUAUCUUCUUGCCUGUUAAAUUUAAUGCUCAAAAACUAGAAGGCAAAAAAUUCUGCAAAAACUAUGUCCAAAAGGGGCUUGGCUUGCCUGUGGAAAGCGCAGGCAGAGCGGAGGGCAAAGAUGUGGUUAAUGGAACCCAGCAGAAGGUGCCCUUGGUUGUCUGUAUUACUAGAUUGGUUGCUCAAAAGGGGCUUCAUUUGAUCAUUCAUGCAAUUAAGCACAUCGAGGAACUCGGUGGACAGAUGGUUGUAUUAGGAAAAGCUCCUGAUGAUCGGGUAGAAAGAGAGUUCAAAGAUCUCGCAGACUUGUACAAUGAAGGUCCUGCAAUCCGUAUUCUUCUCAUGUACAGUGAAGAGCUGUCCCACAUGCUCUAUGCUGCAGCUGACAUGGUGUUAGUCCCUUCCUUGUAUGAGCCUUGUGGACUUGCCCAAAUGUUUGGAAUGAGAUAUGGUGCGGUCCCAAUAGUGAGGAGAACUGGUGGUCUGGCUGACACGGUCUUUGACAUUGAUGAUCACUCAAACAGCCAUAUGGCAAAUGGGUUUGUCUUUGAAGGAAUUGAUGAAGGGUCCUUGAACUGGGCUUUAGACCGUGCCUUUUCUCUUUAUAAAAACAGAACUAUCCAAUCCACAUCGUUAAAAGAGAAUUAAUAUCAAUAAUAUGCUUUUCGUGGGGCUACUGAUAUCUGCAACCACCCGGUGAAAGCUUGUAAAUGGGAAAACCUUUUUGCCGAACGGAUUUUUUGUUGGCCACUUUAUGUCAUUUCACUGGCUCAAGGAACUACAGAGGCCAUAGUGCAACAACCUCAGAAUCAGCAAGACCCAUUUUAAUUUUUUUUUCCUAAGGCCCCUCUACAUGUCAACCUCUCCCCAGUAAUUGAUGCUUUACAUCUUCUGUUAAUUCCUCCAGCCGUUGGACUGAGAUCUAAACUCUUGCUAAUCAGUGCCGCCAUUUCACCUUUUUCUGUAUAGUUAAGUUCUGUGAAGAGAAUCAUCAGAUGGAAAGCAUUGACUCAUGAAAUUUGUCUCAAGAACUUGAUUAUGCAAUGAUGGCUUCAUUUUCCUUCAAUGAAAUUCCUAAAGGACUAUUCCACUUAAAGAAUUGCAAGAAGACGCAAAAACCACUAAAAGAAGCUGUG